AUGUCUGAGACCGUGGCAGCAACCAAGGACGAUGUCGCCCAUCUCCAGCAGCUCAUCCGCGAGUUGGUCGCUGAGGGCUCGACACAAUCAUCCUUCAGCUCCCGCAAGUCCUCGUCCGUAAAGGAGGCCGAUGGGGCAGACGGGGUCGACAACUUUGACCAGAUAUCGUACUCCAUCACGCAAAUCUUCCAGUCUGGAAAGGAGAUCCCCUUCACCGAACAGCUCAACUUCUUCAUCAAUCGCAAAGAGGCCGAGAUUGAAAAGAUGUGCAACUUCCACUACCAGGAGUUUGUUCAGUCGGUCGACCAGCUGCUCAAAGUGCGCGUGGGCACAGCCUCCAUCCGGACCAAACUCAACAACCUCAACAAGGAGAUCCAGCAAUCCGGCAGCAAGAUCCUUGAUAAGCGACGAGAGAUUGUCGAGUUCCGCCGGACCCAGGUCAACAUCGAGUCUACCAUCGAAAGCCUGCAGUCGUGCCUGUUCAUCCUCAACAUCAUGGGGAAGAUCCAGACACAAAUCAACUCGAAGAAGUACUAUUCGGCCUUGCGCAUGCUCGAGGAUCUCCAGAGCAACAAAAUCAAACUCAUCAAGGAUUUCAAGUUCAUGGAGCACAUAUCCGGAUGCAUUCCAAAGAUGAAGCAGAGCAUCAUCGACGCUGUUGUAAAAGAAAUGAACGAGUGGUUUGUCAAGUGA